AUGGCCUGCUGUGCCGUAGCAGCAUAUAUCAUCUUCCGCAUCAUCGAUACCUGUGAGAAAUUUGACGCUCAGGUACGAUCAAUAUGGUCCUUGGGCCUUGCGUCUCGUCCCAACCGAUCAAGGAAAGGAGAGAAACAGACAUUGCCAGACCAUGACAGCCAGAUCGCGACUCUUCUACUGUCUGUCCAGGGGAUGACUUGCAGUGCCUGCACAUCGGCCAUCGAAACAGCUGUCGAGAGCUUGAAAGGCGUGCACCGCGUGUCGGUUUCCCUUGCUCUCUCGCGCGUGACGGUGCUUUACGAUAAUUACUGGAUUGGCCGAUGCGACAUCACUGCAGCCAUCGAAGGUGCAGGCUACGACGUUGUAGAUGACGAUCGAACGUCCCCACCACGAGCUCACGCACCUCUGCGCGCCAAAUUUCGUCAAGCGGCAAUCGCCUCAGCCAUGGUCGGCGCCCGUCAUAUUCUUGCCCCAUUGGGGGACAGAACCCUAUCAUUCCCACAGCUUAUACAGCUGGUUGAGAUCAGCCUGGGGUGCUACGUGCAGCUCUACGACGCUCGUCUCACCCACAAGAAUGGCUGGUCCCGAAAUGGCCAGUUCAGGCCGGCACUGAACAUGGAUAGUCUCAUUAGUUUCUCCAUCAUCCUGUCACUAGGUGUUUCCUUCUUUAAUCUGGCUGUCUUACCGGUCGAUCAAGCCCGGACUUACUAUUGUCUCUGGCUCAUUCCUCACCACAGUCAUCAUGGCGGGCGGUAUCUCGAUGCAUUCCUCAAGAGAAGAGGGGCGAAUAACCUUGCAAAUCUGUACAGGUUACAGGUAGAGACUGCCGGCGUUGAGGCUUCUGCGGGAGAAGCCCGAAAAGUGAACGAGUUGGCAGCAGGGGACGAGACGCUGACUGCGGUGGUACUUCGGAGACAGAAUGACUCGGCCCUCGAGCGCUUGAUCGCCAGCGUCUCGUCUGCAGUCACGGAUCGAGUGUUUCCAACUUACGUUCGCUCUGCGAUGCAGUACUUUGCCCCAGCAAUGAUCGCCAUUGCAUGCCCCUCCUUCUGCUGUACCCUGAUCUGGAACAAUGAUGACGCCGCUAUACUGGGACUAUCAAUCGCGCGUGCGAGAGAGCGGUCGCCGUCCUUGUGGCAGCCUGUCCAUCUGCACUAG